GUGACUGGGUGACGAGGCGCGAGGGGAGUAGCGCUGGUGUGGUGACGGUGCUUGGAAGCGGGGGGCGGAAAACACCCUGGAUUGCGGUUCUUUGCGUAGCCCACGGGGCUCACCUCCGUGCACUUUAUAGCUUAGGCUGUUAAAUAAUUGCAAUAAUGGGAAGAAGCUAUUUCGUAGAAGAAACCGUGGGACAGUAUCUGUCAGAACUCACCACCAAAUCUAAGCCUCUUAUCACUGGCCUCUUGGUUGGGCAGUGCUCCCCACAAAGGGACUAUGUUCUCCUAGCCAUCCAGACCCCUCCAAAAGAGGAAGAAAGCAAAAGCAAUGCCAGUUACAGUUCGACGCUGUCUAGCAUUGAUGAGGAAUGGACAACAGCACAUGCCAACCAGGUGUCAAGAAUGCUUCCUGGAGGACUGUUAGUUCUUGGUGUCUUCACCGUUGCAGUUCCAGAGCUGUCAAAAGAAAUCCAAAAUAUUCUGCGCAAGCUUGUCUUCUCAGUAGAAAAAUCUUUAGCUAGAAAAAGGCUGUGGAGCAUCUCAGAGGAAGAUGUGUCUGACCGGGUGGCCCUUCAUCUUUGCUCUGCUACAAAGAAAAUACUUUGUCGCACGUAUGACGUACAAGAUCCAAAAAGUACAGCAAAGCCAGCAGACUGGAAAUACCAGAAUGGCCUGUCCACUUCGUGGCUGUCUUUAGAAUGCACAGUUAAUACUAACAUACACAUCCCGCUAUUGGCUACUUCGGCUUGCCACGAACUGGAGAAAAACAUAAGGAAUGGACUAACUCGAUGGGCCAAGCAGAUAGAGGAAGCUGUCAUUUUGAUCAAUGGCCAAGUCAAGGAGGAAGAUGCUGACUUAGUCGACUGUCAGAAAAAGUCUGGAAGAGGAAUCACGCCGACAGCUACCCAGUCCUUUAAUGCCAGGGUUCUAACAAAGUUGUCACAGAAGUCAAACUCGAGGUCCACAGCAACUGUCCAGAUCUGCAGCGGUUCCAUAAAUCUCAAAGGUGCUUUAAAAUGCAAAGCUUACAUCCAUAAUAACAAGCCAAAAGUUAAAGAUGCUGUUAAGGCCCUGAGAAGGGACAUGAUAAGCACACUCUCUGAUCGGUGUGAAAUCUUGUUUGAAGAUCUGCUUAUGAAUGAAACGCCGGGAAAGAAAAGCUUGGAAAGGGAGUAUCAUGCCUUGCCUUGCAGAGUAUUUGCCCCCAUCACAGGGUCCUGUGUGCUGGUUUGUGACUACAAGUUUGGUGACGAGACAGUCAGGGAAAUCCAAGAGCGUUUCCUUGAAAUGCUGGAUCAAGCUGUUCAAGCCGAGGAUUUGCACACAGUAGAGGAAAUGAGCACAGUUGAAGUAAUCCCACCAAAGGAAUUUCCAGAUGACAUUCAACACAAACAGUUGACAAAACAAACACUGCUGCUGAAACUUCACCAAAACAUAGGAGUUAUGAUAGCUGCGGCUGUUGCAAUAUCAGCUGCAGCCUUCUCCUUUAACUACUUCAGUGACUAGACUUCUGGCCUGGAGAAUCAUCCUGCAAAUUCCAGCCAUCACGGACAUCCUAAGAAGAACUGCACCUCUGGAACUGAUUGCACUAGUGACCCAAUGUGCCACCUUAAAAAAAUAUAUAUGGAACCAAUUAGCUGUUCUAAAUAAUAAUGAUUAUGGCUUUGGCCGUCUUGUUUCUGCAUGCAAAUCGUGUAGGUGGUGUGGUUUUAAAAGGGGGGGGGGGAACCGACAACUCUACCCACUAGCAGAUAAUACUUGUAUUAUAACAGUAUUUUUCCAGGAAGAAUUUGUCAAUUGGGUACUUAACUUUCCUCCUUGCUAUUUAAAAGCCCUUGUGUUUGUGUGUUUUAAGAGCUGUGGAAGCCAUGAGAUCUGAAGCGGUUUUUCUUCUUCCUUGAAUUACCCAGUAAUUCAGGUGUUGGUGUUAAAAGAAUUUAGUGGCUAUGACUACAUUUUCUUCUGUUAAAGGGAGCAUCCCAGGGUCUGUUAGAGCAUGUCUGCCUUAUAGGUUGAAACUGGUUAAAUCUUUCCCCCAACCCCACCCUGUCAAAUUAUUUUGAUAAUGUAGCUCUAGGAGGAAGAUCUGGGAAUUCUGAGCUCCCUCACCAUGGAUGGUUCCAGCAUUUUUGGGGCAGAAAAGCAGUGAACGCUGUAAUGCCAGUAUGUCUUUGUAGCAUAGAUAUAUCCUAAGUUGACGUGAUCAGUGUUUGGAUAACUUGUUCAGCCAGCAAGUGGUCUUCCGUAAGAGUAUCCUAAAUUUUCCAGUGUUCUAAUUUCCGAUUAAUAGGCUGAUCAUGUUCUCCAGUUGCACAAACAAAACCCCAGCAGCAUAACCCCACUUGCCUUGGUUAAGCAGCCUUUGAUUCUCUUUCUCCAUUCCCUCAGGUGCACUUACCUCAUAGAGGAACGGACAAUUUCACCUCAGGUGUACUUACCUCAUAGAGGUACAGACAAUUUCACCACGUUUCCUGCUUGCUCUAAGGCCUCAUCUAUAGCACUGUAUAGAGUUAGUUCUCACACUGACACAGCAGUACUAGUGGGACAAUUAGGGAUAAUGC